AUGGAACACUACAAUACUCUUGGUGAAGUUGUUUAUAACGAGAAGAGUAGGUUUAGAGGUCUAGAGAAGCAAGAGAGAAAAUGGGUGGAAAUCUUUAUUGUAGAAGUUAGCCGUGCCCAUUCAGGUUUCAAGGCAGCAAAAUCUAAAUUCACACUAACUGCUACUGGCGAUACCCAAAUCCACAUCAUCGAUCCUCUGAACGAUCAGCUCUAUUUUGAGUUCAAAUGCAUUCAUGAAAUCCCUCACAUGAGCUACAAGGAGAAAAAAGUUCCCAUAGAUAUGAAUUCUAACUAA